CGGGGGCGGAGCCUUGCCAGAGUAGCUAGCGAUCGUCGCCCAAGCGCGCGGUUUCUCAGUCCUCAGCUUUGGACGGGGCAGACUAGCUUUGGGGAGUGAAGAGAGUACGCAGUUACCCGACAAUGUCUGGUGAGUCAGGUCAGCCUCAGGCCGGCCCCUCACAUGCCGGGCUAGAUUUUCCGAAUCCUGAGAGAAAUCGGGCUGGGGUCCCGGGAGGGGUGAUCCGAAGGGCCGGUUCCCACGGGCGCAGGUCCUGGAUCCAAAAGGUCCUCGAGCAGAUAACGGAUUCACCUCUGCAGUGGGUCACCCCGUCGGAGGUGGUGCCUGUCGCUGUGCUGGCCGUCCAGAGGUACCUGUUAGAGGAUGAGCCGCGCGACACGAUACCCAAACCUCCCCUUUACUGCUAUGAUGUGACGAUCUCGGACGGGGUGUACCAGGAGAAGUGCUACCUGGACCCCAGCCUGAACUUUCUCGUCUAUAAAAAUAUUCUUAAAGUUGGCAUAGAAAUGAAAAUUUCCAGAGUCUCGUGUCUUUACAACGAAAAAAGGUUAGGCCAGGGGAUCCUGUGCAUAGAUAACGUUCACUGUGGAGAGACCCUAGAGGCUAUUUCUCUAGAAACUCCAUUCAGAAAUAGUGCGCACGAGGAGGUACCGGAGAGGCCUUUAAGAGGCGGGAAGAGUCAUUACCUGGCCCUGUGGAAUAACGAAGAUCCGUAUGGAGAUAUCUGGUUAACCAACAAGCAACCUGAGGAACACAAUUUUAACAAUACCAAAAUAAUUUCCCUGUCUCACCUUGAAAUGACCUGGGCUAACAGACGGAAUUUUCCUGCAUUGCUUGUGAGAAUCUUGCAUAAAUCCAAACUGCGAUACUAUGGAAAACCUGAUAAAAAGAUGAUUGAGCCAUACCAGACCUUUCUGGAAGUUGCUGACAGUUCAGGCACUGUGUCAGUGAUUAUGUGGAAUGCCCUGUGUCCUGAAUGGUAUAAAAGUUUGCGGGUUGGUUUAGUUCUUCUGCUUCAGGAUUAUUCCGUCAAAAAGAGUUAUCCAUUCAGGAUGCAGCCUCUGCCUGUGGAUCCACAGAUCAAACUAAUUUCUACAAUGGAAAUCUGCCUGAACCUUCGAGAUCCUCCAACUAACAUAAUUAUCAUUCCUGAAAAGCAGGUGAAACCUGAAUGGAGACUGCCAAAAUUAAAUCACCGGUUUAUCACAAGGUCAGAACUGGAUGAUAUGCCAAAAAAUCAUAUCUGUGAUGUUAUUGGCAUUUUAGUUUUUGUAGGAAGGGUCCAGCGGUCAAAAAAGAAAGAAAACCGUGAAGAUUUUUGGUCAUAUCGCUGGAUUCACAUCGCUGAUGGGACUUCAGAACAGCCGUUUAUAGUGGAGCUGUUUUCUACAUCUCAGCCAGAAAUCUUUGAAAAUAUUUACCCAAUGACCUAUUUCGUGUGUACGCAGUUGAAAGUUGUCAGGAAUGACGCUCAGGUACCUAAACUGCUUUACCUAACCACUACAAAUGAGAGUCGAGUGUUUAUUACUGGUCAUAGAAGCCAGCCAUAUAUCAACGACACCAAGGUAAAAAACUUUAUUCAUUGGAUUAAAACAAGGACCGAUACUGAGGAAGUGAAGAAUACUGUUAUUGGUGGCUAUUAUCCCUAUCCACCAGUGCCAGAGACCUUUUCGAAGUACAGUAGUUCUGUCAAAGUUGAGUCGCUCUUGACAGCUAUAAGUGAAGUGAGGAAGGAGAUUGAAGACUUGCAGUAUAGGGAACAAAAGCGCAUUGCAAUUCAGGGGAUAAUUACUGUUAUAAAGUAUAUCCCCCAUACCAGUGCAACUGAAAGUGCCUCAGCAUCAGAAACACUUCGGAAUGCCAACCAACCCUCAACAUCCCAAGCAGCUAGAAGAGAAAAUCAAAGUCAGGAAAGAGAGAAUAACAAACGGCAUCAAGAUGAUGAUCCUUUGAGCUCUCAGGGUUUUCAAACUGGAUAUACAAGUUUGAGCCCUACCAAGAAGAAAAGAAUUCUGCAAGGGCCGUAUGCCAAACUAGUUCCUGUGCCUCAGCCAGAAACUUCUGCGCAGACAAAAGGUAAUAAACCAGACAUGCCAAGCAUUUUCCAACGUCAAGAAAGCGCAAGCACCAGUACCACAGGAAAAGCCAAAAGAACUAUAAGCGAUAGGUGGGAAAGUCAGCUGUGGAGAGAGAAAAAGUUUGGCUUAAUUGAUCACCUGCAUUACAGCCAUGUUUAUCCUGAAAGUAUUCCACGAAAAUUUAUUUUCGAGCAGAGGAAGUUUCUUACUGAGCAGUUUAAUUCUCAGCCUGCAAAGUACAUACCACCUGAGGGAAGGCCCCCAAACCUUGAGGACUUUAAGAGUGCCCUAAGCCUUGGACAUUUUGAAGUAACCAUCCUAGGUCUGAACCAUGAGAUCGCAAUUGAUGUUGCAUUCCUGCCCAUGUAUUGUCCAGAAGAUCUCCGAACAUCCCAAAUCGACACAUUACUAACCUGCAUGAAUUACAGCUGUGUGUAUCCGCAGGAUGAACCUGGAAAUGACACACUGGCAGGUUCAAGAGCACUUGCAGGUGAUAUUAUAAAAGCUGCAAGUAGACUGGAUAGAGUGCAUAUCGUCGGUAUCUUGGAUAUCUGUAAUUUGGGUAACAAUAAAGUAGAAGUCUACCUGCACAGGAUUUAUAGUCCAACUAAUACUUCUUAA